CACAGAUUUGCUCUUUUGGUGUUGAUCUCGAGUGCAACUUUACUUCUAAGAGUUCAUUAAAAAAAAGAACGACUGAGAGAAGUUCGGCAAUUAAAAGCGUAACCAUGCCAUCACUUCACAAGACCUCCACCACGGGCAAACCUUCGCUCCUCUGCCUAGCCAACCUCCUCUUAAUCCACCUCUACCUCAGUUCCCCCUCCGUGGGUGUUCAGGGAGCCUCCCUCAGAGAGCACAGACUAAGAGGAAGUGAUCCGGACUCCCAGAGAGGAAACGUCCCCCAGGUUCCGAAUGCUGACAUGCUCAGAGCUCUGGAGUACAUCGAAAACCUCCGUCAAAGAACAGGCGCCGACUCCCAGCAGCGCUCACCUCUCAGUGCAGGCUACGAUGCCAGCCGCAUGGAUGAUGCUGAGAAGCUGCGCGUCAUGUUAAGGCUGGCCUCUAACACUGCAAGGAACAAUGAAGAGCAGGAGGAAGAGGAGGAGGAGGAAGGGCGGGAGGAUAAUAGUGAAGAGCUGCUCCAGGCUGUGCUCAGCACCCUCCAACAAACAGAAAAGGCCUCCAGACCUGCUUCGCUUCGCCCCAGCGUGCAGCAGAAUCAACGUGUCAUCAGGCCUCACCGGAAGUUGCCGCUCCUGUUUGAGGAUGACGAGGAGGGUGAGGGGGAUGAGGAUGAAGAGGGGUCAGAUCUGGAGCACGAGAGCCCCUUUAAGCGCACCAACGAGAAUGUGGAGGAGAAGUACACGCCUCAGAAUCUGGCAACCCUGCAGUCAGUGUUCGACGAACUGGACAAGCUCACAAGCGUGAAGCCCAUGCACAAGCGUCAAGAUGAUGAGGAGGAGGAGGAGGAUGAUGAAGAUGAUAUGUUUAAGGUGAGGAGUGUUGAUCUUGCAGACUGGAGUCCGCUGCAAGAGCAGGAGGAGGAAGCAGAGGAGGAGGAGGAGGAGGAAAACAAACACGAGGCCAACAGAGGGCUCGAUUACAUGGACGACGAAGAUGUGGAUGAUGGCGAAGAGGAGGAGGAUGAAAGAUACCCAGUCAAGAGGUCAAAAGAUCCCGAUGAUGUAGCAAACCUGGUGGACUAUUACCUUUUAAAGGUGCUGGAGAAAACAGAGGAGGAGGAGCAGAAACGGGAGAUAGAAGAGGAGGAGGAGAAGAGGAGAGCGGCUGAGAUGCAGUUUAGUGAGAACAUCGACCCACGAGCCAUUUAUCAACUCAUCCAGAUCUCACAGAAAUACCAGAUCCCACCUGAGGACCUGGUGGACAUGCUCAAAACCGGGGAAAACAAAGAAAAGGCACAAAAGGAGGAAUUAUUCAGAGCAGAAAACAAGUUCCCUCAGACGUCCUUAAAGAAGACGCACAAGAUCCCUGAAGCUAAAUUCUACAGCAGACACUUUCCUGAGAGACAAAAGACCCCAGAGGAGCUGAGGACGGAGGAGAUAUUAAGCAUCCUCGGGUUAGGAGGCGUGGAGGAUCAGACUCCUGUCAGGAAGCAGUACAAAAGCUCUCCGUCACGACUUCACACUCAGCCUGCAGGGCGUUCACGGGAAUCCUCUCCUACGCAGCAGCAGCAGCAGCUGCAGCAGCAGCAGCAGCGACGCCUUCUCCCCAGCGCUUUGAAGAACGACUAUGACGACAGUGUGGACGAGGAUGAACUGGCAGCGUAUUUGGCAGCUCAGAUGCUGGCACAGUAUCCGAACCCUGUGUACAGUAAGAGCAACAACAACAAGCAGAGCCAAAAGCGGGACGAGGUCGCCCAGAGCACGACGGGCUCCUUUGAGCAGGCGAUACAGGAUUAUUUUGAUCAGAUGGACUCAGAGAAGAGCUCGAAUGAAAAGAGACAGACUGAGGAUGAUGAGAGGGGAGAUGACACACAAAUGCAAGGCUUUGAAAAUGACGCGCUGAUGAAAUUAUUGAGCUACCUGAACCCAGAAACAGAAGAAAGUGACGCCAAAACUGCCCGAGGAAUAUAAACACGGCUGUAGAUACACAUAUAAAGAUAUAAAUAUAUAUAUUGUUUGGUGGAGGGAGAGGGUGAAAUAAAGUAUUUUGAAGAAUAAAA